AUGCAACGGAAAAUGGUGCAGGACUGGCUUGCGGUAAAAGGUGGGUCCGAAGAGAUGUUACGUGGUGUGAUGCUCAUUGUGCCCACGACUCAGAAGACCAAUCUUGGACCAUCCUCCAUGCACGCCUCCAAUGCCAAAAGAGUUCGCAGCUGCAGCUGUAGCCCGGGUAUAGACCAGCGUGGAGGCAGGCCGCCCCCAACGCCGCCUUGCCUUCCCGCGUCGGGCGGCAGCCGGAGGCUUCCUGCCGAUCUGCACAAAUCACAAAGUGUCCCUGAUGCGUCAAGCUUCCGGGCUGCAAUAACGGCCCAUGGCCGAGAACGCCGAUGGACAGAGGCAGUAUGGCUCCUGUCUGAGAUGGCGAAGCUCGAUCUGCCAAAAUGGCAAGGGCGGAACGCUCAUUGGGCGUAUUGCGCAGCACUGGACGGCGUUCCGAGCAAAGAUCUUGCGCAGGCAUUGUUCCAAGAGGCAGUCGACCGCCAGAUUUUUCCGCAGUUUGCCGAGAUGGCACAGGGCUGUCGCACCUUGGACCUCCACGGGCUCUCUGUUGGAGCUGCCGCGGCGGCUGUGUGCUGGUGGCUGCAGAGGCUGCAAAAGCUUGCGGCCUCAAACCAGGAGUGCAUCAUCGUGACGGGCUGGGGACGCUCCCGACGGGAUGGGCAAGGCUCCCGGAUCCAGCAGAUGGUUUACAAGCUGCUGGAAGAGAUGGGCAUUCCUGCCGAGGCGAACUGCGAAAACCGUGGUCGAAUCCGCCUUGUCGUCAACUUCUCGCCCGCGCAGAAAAGUUCUUGA